CCCAAGCUGAACUAUAAGGCUUUCUCGCAUUCCUACUGUACUUGAGAAGAAAAGUUCUCCAAAAGCCGUGCUUUCUCCGUCGCGGCCUCUGAUUGCAAUCCAACACGUUCACGUUUUUGCCGAUUUUUCUGUGUGCUGGCACCAUUCUACCGACGAACCUCAUAGGUAACAAGCUGUCAAGACCAUAAUUUCUCAGAUCACUCCUAGCCAUGGCCAUGUUGGCUCCAGAUCCAGCGUUGUCCGCGGCCGAAGCGCUGGUCAGUUUCCAUUCAGCCCCGUUCAUCGCAUCCUCGCCACACCCGGUGGGCGAGCAGAUUGGCCUCGCAACGGCCACUGCAGCUCAGCAACCUGGCCCUCGUGAAGACAUGAAGCCAGUGACCGACAAGCACAUCAAUUGGGCCGCAACUCAGGCACUCCUCGCACGAGGCACUGCCGCUGCCUUCAGCCCACCUAUCACGAGCAGACAGCGGGCGUUACUGAACGAGCGCAUCAUGAAUUGGCAGGCAUCGCUCCCACCCCCUGAAGCCAUGCAAGCGAUGGCCAAAUCAUUCCGUGAAGAAGAGGAAGCAAUGCGCCUUGGCCUUGGCCUUGCGCCUGUUGACGCUCUCACCGAAGAUAUGGCUGGAAGGUUUACGAACUUGAGGAGCGACUUGAUGGCUGUCGAUGGCUCCACGGACUUGGACAUGUACCUCUUAUCGACUUACGACAUCCAUGCGCCAUCAUACAAAGAACCCGAAGAGCGUGCGCAGAAGGUUCGCAACGUCAGGGCUCGCAAGUAUGGAGCUGCAGGCGGCUCGUCUGGACAAGCUGGACCAUCGGCUCGAAAGAAAGUCGGACAGUCUAUCAAACUCAAGCCUCUGAAUGAGGUCAACUUGAAGAGAACCAUCAAGCAGCAGAGAGAACAUAAUGUGGAGAGAGUGCCAUUGCCGUCCAUUCGAGCAAUCCUGGCAGGAAAGUCACAAGGUCCCUCAACAUCUGCAUUCGAAAGUGCACAAGCAGGGGCCGCGCCAGCAGCAGGACCCAGUAGUACCCGCGCUGUCUCGCCAACGUCCGUUCAAUCAGGCAGGCAUGGCUCACGUUUCGACGCAGCUGCCGCCGCCCAGCCUUACCUCCCGCCUCCUUUGACCCAUGGAAAGAUCAUUUCGGACGCUCCUAAUGGUCGCAUGCACCUACCGCGCGGACAUCCUGGUCGCCUGGCGAACCCUCAACGACAUGAACAGGAUAAUCUGGGCCAAGUAUCCUCGACCAAUGCAAAAACUCCCAUGGCAUAUGACAACGAUGAUGAUGAUCUCAUGGUGGUGUCAGCCUACACGCCGCCAACGGUUCAAGGCGCACGAAGCUCUCAACGACGUGGCAGUAACGGUGACUUUGAGUCUUCGCCACCUUCCAAGCGGAUUGCCUUGCGCCACGGUCCUUCAACUGGCACCAGCCCACCUGAUGUUGCACUUCCAGUCGAUGACAUCCUCCAUAGGCAACAAAGUCACAUUCAUGAGCUACAUCAACAGAACUUCUGGCUGCAACAGCAACUACUUGCUCAGACCCAUGCGGCGGCAGCAGCAGCGGUCGUCAUGUCGGGCGGAGUGCGUGUGCGCUCACCACAUAUGGACAGCCAAUCUUGCUUGCCGAUGAUUCCGCACCCUCCGCCACGUAUACCCUCCGUCUCAACCUCACCAGCAUCAGCUCGACGCAUGUCGUACAAAGGAAAUGCCUACCUUCACAGGGACUAUCACCAUGCAUAUCCUCAGCACGUCCCAUCAUCUGCACAUUUACAUCGCCAUAGGCAAAUGCUGGCCAACCAGACCGCUGGGUUAUCGACGUUGCACCGCAAAAAGCCGUACUCGGUCGCGUUAGACGGGGCUGCCGCUCAACAGCAUAAGCAGGCGACACUUCGAGCGAUUAGCGCAACUGGGGGAAGUGUCGCGCCACGUAGUCGCCCGAAAGACAAGAAUUUGCGACUCGACGAGACCAACAUGGCGGGUGCCGAAAUGGGUGAGCGACUGGACGAAGCUACAGCAACGAGCCCACCUUUAGCUUCCUUCAGCAGCGAGCAGGCCCCCUCGCAAGACACGGGCUUGAACCCACCCUCGGCUUAUGACCUGCACACCUCUCCCAGCUCUCAGCGCCCACACUUACUGCCCUCUCCAGCUUCGUCAUGCAAGCCCCUGUCACCAAAUCACGAAUCUCAAGCGCAGACACAUAUGACGGUCCCGAUGGAAAGCACAUCGACCCAUAAUGAAAUAACGAGGGUUGAGUAGGGUGGAAAGCUGGCACCGGUCGAGGACAAGAAUUGAGAUACUUACGGCAGUGCGCACGCGGCGGGAACCGCGGCGACAUCAUGAAGGAGGGGGCUUUUCAAUAGGCAGGAAAUACGUAAGCCCAGGGUCCUUACGUUGCUGGGGAAGUUGUUCAAACAACAGAUGCUUGUAACAUAAAUCGAUGCUCUUCGAGCUACUCAAUAUACGUACAAGCCAUGUCUUUUUUUGGAAUUUGGACUGACAUGUUUCCGGAUGUGAGAGAAGCAUCCCAUCAUCCCAUCCCCAUCCCAUGCGUCCACGUGACCCUACUA